AUUGACAUCAGCACGCAUAGGAAGUGAAGUGAACACGUGGGACACGGAUACCAACGCAAGAGAGUGCAAAUCGUUUUGCAAACGUUCAGUAGUAGAAAAAUGGCAGUCCGUGCAUCAUUUGAAAAGAAUAAUGAAAUUGGCUGCUUUGCCAAGCUCACCAACACAUACUGCCUGGUUGCAAUUGGCGGGUCAGAAAACUUUUACAGUGUCUUUGAAGGUGAACUUUCAGAAACAGUACCGGUUGUUCACGCCUCCAUAGCAGGAUGUCGAAUUAUUGGCCGAAUGUGUGUGGGAAAUCGUCAUGGUCUCAUGGUGCCCAAUAACACAACAGAUCAAGAGUUACAGCACAUCAGGAACUGCCUGCCAGAGUCAGUGCGCAUUCAGAGGGUUGAAGAGCGACUUUCUGCACUGGGAAACGUCAUCGCUUGUAAUGACUAUGUUGCUUUAGUCCAUCCUGAUCUUGACAGAGAAACUGAAGAAAUGUUAGCAGACACUUUAAAGGUAGAAGUGUUCCGGCAGACGAUUGCAGAGCAGGUGCUUGUGGGUAGUUACUGUGCCUUCAGUAACCAGGGAGGUCUUGUUCACCCCAAAACAUCUAUAGAAGAUCAGGAUGAACUUUCAUCACUCCUGCAAGUACCUUUAGUGGCUGGAACUGUGAAUCGUGGUAGUGAGGUGAUUGCUGCAGGAAUGGUGGUGAAUGACUGGUGUGCGUUCUGUGGACUGGACACCACGAGCACUGAACUGUCCGUCAUCGAGAGCGUCUUCAGAUUAAGUGAGACACAGCCCAGUGCCAUAGCAACUACUAUGAGAGAUUCGCUCAUUGACAGCCUCACAUAAAACUCAAAUGGUUCUGAAUGGUUUGGAGAUUUGCAGGGAAAGACCUGCAGAGGACCUUCAAGUCAAAAUGGUUUGAAGCCUGAAUUAUGUCUCUUUAAAGAGAAAAUGCACUCUACUUCAUACCAGAAGGAAACGUUGUCAUUGUAAUAUUCAUGUAUGAAGUGGUUUGCACACUGUCUUUUUGUGAAACUGUUCAGAAGAAAACUUCAGUGUGUCAAAUAAUGCCCGAUUUUAACCAAAUCAUCAAUUACUUCACAGACAUGGAAAUGUACAUUAUUUGUAUUCUUUCCUUGUGCGUUGCCGUGUAUCAUCAAUAAAGCUGUGCAUGGAGUAACUGACAUUGCUUUUAUAAAUAAAAAAUCAGAUCAUUAAACA